UCCCCUUCUCUCCUUCACUGUCAAAUUGUACCCAACUAUGGUUAAUUAUGUUUUUUAAAAGCUCAUGGGCACUAUAUAUUCUUUUCUUCUCAAUCUCCUGGUGCAGCGGCAUGCUCUAUUCUCUUUUUUAACAAAAGCUUCUUUUUUCUUUGUCUGACAUGAGAUUUUUAGCGAAAUAGCUUUCUGGCAUGGCAAGCAAAGGGGGUAUUCUGAUCUGAAAUUUGCCUUAAACAGAAGAACCCCAACUCAGGGCCGGUCAUCCUACUAGCCACAUCAACCAACACAUAAGCAGGUUUCAGUGUCCGGGUGUUUCCUGCAACUGUGAACUUCAGUCCAAUGGGAAUUAGAAGAAGAGAUUUUGAGCUCCAAUUUGUGGUUUUCUUUUGGCUAUGGAGUUUUGCAAAUGGGUUGCUUUCUCCCAAAGGUGUAAACUUCGAAGUUCAAGCUUUGAUUGCCAUAAAAGAAUCGCUAAGGGAUCCUCGCGGUGUUCUUGAGAAUUGGGAUAAGAACGCUGUUGAUCCAUGUAGUUGGACUAUGGUCACUUGUUCAGCAGACAGCCUUGUGGUUGGCCUGGGGGCUCCCAGCCAAAAUUUGGCUGGUACACUUUCUUCAAGCAUAGGGAACUUGACGAAUCUCCAAAUUGUGUUGUUGCAGAAUAACAACAUAACAGGACCAAUUCCGGCCGAGCUUGGGAAGCUCACAAAGCUUCACACGCUUGAUCUUUCAAACAACCUCUUCACUGGUGAAAUUCCUUCUGCUCUAGGUGGUCUGAGAACUCUCCAAUACAUGAGGCUUAACAAUAACAGUCUAUCAGGAGCAUUCCCGAUGUCAUUGGCUGGAAUGCCCCAGCUUGCCUUCAUUGACUUGUCUUACAAUAAUUUGAGUGGCCCUGUACCCAGAUUUCCUGCUAAAACUUUCAACAUUGUUGGGAACCCCCUGAUCUGUGCUACAGGGUCUGAGGAGGAGUGUUCUGGAACGACACCCAUGCCAAUUUUAAUGCCCUUGAAUAGUUCACAAACUGCUCCGUCUUCUGAAAGGCCUAAAAGUCACAAAAUUGCCCUUGUUUUUGGUUUGAGCCUCGGGUGCCUCUGUCUGCUCAUCGUUGUAUUUGGUUUGCUUCUAUGGCGGCGGCAAAGGCACAACAAGCAGACAUUUUUCGAUGUUAAUGAUCGGCAUCACGAGGAAGUUACCCUUGGAAACUUGAAACGGUUUCAAUUCAAGGAACUUCAGAUUGCAACUGACAAUUUUAGCAGCAAGAAUAUACUGGGAAAAGGAGGUUUUGGAAAUGUUUAUAAAGGGUGUCUCCAUGAUGGGACUGUUGUCGCUGUAAAAAGACUCAAAGAUGGUAAUGCAGCAGGGGGAGCAACACAAUUCCAGACUGAAGUUGAGAUGAUAAGCCUAGCAGUGCAUCGAAACCUCCUCAGACUAUAUGGAUUUUGCAUGACCUCUACAGAAAGGCUUCUAGUUUACCCAUACAUGUCCAAUGGCAGUGUCGCUUCUCGUCUCAAAGGGAAACCAGUCUUGGAUUGGGCCACUAGGAAGAAAAUAGCGUUAGGAGCUGCAAGGGGUUUGCUUUAUCUUCAUGAACAGUGCGAUCCAAAGAUAAUCCAUAGGGAUGUGAAGGCUGCAAAUAUAUUGCUUGAUGACUAUUGUGAGGCUGUGGUAGGAGAUUUUGGGCUAGCAAAGCUUUUGGAUCAUGAAGAUUCGCAUGUGACGACAGCUGUGAGGGGUACUGUGGGACAUAUUGCCCCUGAAUAUCUCUCCACAGGCCAGUCCUCUGAGAAAACAGAUGUCUUUGGGUUUGGUAUCCUUCUUCUUGAGUUGAUCACAGGACAAAGGGCACUAGAAUUUGGCAAGGCAGCUAACCAGAAAGGAGCCAUGCUAGACUGGGUGAAGAAAAUUCAUCAAGAGAAGAAGCUCGAUAUGCUUGUUGACAAGGAUCUGAAGAAUAAUUAUGAUCGAAUUGAGCUUGAGGAAAUGGUUCAGGUGGCUCUCUUGUCUACUCAGUAUCUUCCAGGCCAUAGACCCAAGAUGUCAGAAGUGGUUCGAAUGCUUGAAGGCGAUGGGCUUGCAGAAAGAUGGGAAGCUUCUCAGAAAGUUGAACCAACCAAGGUCAAACCCCAUGAGCUCUCUUCAUCAGAGCGAUACUCCGAUCUCACUGACGAUUCCUCAUUGCUUGUCCAAGCAAUUGAACUUUCUGGUCCAAGGUGAUAAGCCUACAGAAGAAAAAAAUUUACAUCCAAAAGAAUUUUAUAGUUCAAAGUAUUCUGCCAAAAUCCAACAUCCAACAUUGAGAUUAUGUUGUAUAGUAUAUCUGAUCUCCAAAUGACUUUUAUUUUUAAAAAUUUUGUUUUGCUGUACAGAUUUUGAUUCGAGGAACUGACAUUUUAGACGCAGAAUUUCAUGUCUGUUGUCAUUUAGUUGAGUGAAGAAAUCUUUGAAGGAUGUUUAUUUAAUUUCCGAAGCAUGUAAGAGCAUAUUCUUGCUGCGACUGUUUUCGAGAAAACAAAAGAAAUAUUUGGAGACAUUUUGAAAUUGCCA